CCUCCCUCGUUGCCACGCGCAAGCAGACACGCGCGGCGCCGCCGCGACCGUCCGGUCGCCCCUCGCUCCCUCUGCGAAGCUACCCCGAGCGGAGCCCUUGGCCGGCGGGUGCCCCUGAGCUGCGCGAGAGGUGGGCGAAAGGCACGGGGAAUGGAGGCGCCCGACGGCAGCCUGGGGGCCGUGUGAUAGCCCGCCGCGAUAGCACACGCAGGCAGGGAGCCGGAGCAGGAGCAGAGCCGGGCAGCAGAGCCUUGCCCCGUCCCGCCGGGCGCCGGCAUGGAGUGAGAGCAGCCUGCCGCCGCCAGUUGCAUUCAGAAGCCAGACUGAUGGGUUUGGGGAGUCACACACAACUCACAUCUUAGAAGAGAAUUAAGCUGCUGUCUGAUAGGAAGAUCAGGAGAAGUCCAAAAAAGAAACAGAGAUGGCCAAAUUGACAGAGUCGAUGACUAACGUACUGGAAGAAGACUCAAUGGAGCAGGACAUAGAGAGCCCUGUCACUAUUCAUCAGCCAAAGUUACCCAAACAAGCUAGAGAGGAUCUGCCAAAAAAUCUAAACAAAGAAUGUGCCAAGAGAAAAAUCCAGAGGUAUGUUAGGAAAGAUGGAAAAUGCAACGUCCACCACGGGAAUGUCAGAGAGACCUACCGUUACUUGACAGACAUCUUCACUACUUUAGUUGAUCUGAAGUGGAGGUUCAACUUGUUGAUUUUUGUCAUGGUUUACACAGUGACCUGGCUCUUCUUUGGAAUGAUCUGGUGGCUAAUUGCCUACAUGCGAGGAGAUAUGGAUCAUAUAGGGGACAGCACGUGGACUCCAUGCGUCAGCAACCUCAAUGGGUUUGUCUCAGCCUUUUUAUUCUCAAUCGAGACAGAAACUACCAUUGGGUAUGGUUACCGGGUCAUCACAGACAAGUGUCCCGAGGGAAUUGUUCUUCUUUUAAUUCAGUCUGUUUUAGGUUCUAUCGUCAACGCUUUCAUGGUUGGCUGUAUGUUUGUGAAAAUAUCCCAACCCAAGAAGAGGGCAGAAACCUUGGUUUUUUCUACAAAUGCAGUUAUUUCCAUGCGGGACGGAAAGCUAUGUCUGAUGUUCCGAGUAGGAGACCUUAGGAAUUCACACAUUGUAGAGGCAUCAAUACGAGCCAAGUUGAUCAAAUCCAAACAGACAAAGGAGGGGGAAUUUAUACCGCUCAACCAGACAGAUAUCAACGUAGGUUAUUACACAGGGGAUGAUCGUCUCUUUUUGGUUUCACCACUGAUCAUCAGCCAUGAAAUUAACCAGCAGAGUCCUUUCUGGGAGAUUUCCAAAGCCCAGUUGCCCAAAGAGGAGCUAGAAAUUGUUGUAAUCCUAGAAGGAAUGGUGGAGGCAACAGGAAUGACAUGCCAAGCUCGAAGUUCAUAUGUUACAAGUGAGAUCCUGUGGGGUUAUCGUUUCACCCCUGUCCUCACUCUGGAGGAUGGAUUUUAUGAAGUUGACUACAAUAGUUUUCAUGAAACAUAUGAGACCAACACCCCAGUUUACAGUGCCAAAGAGCUGGCAGAGAUGGCCAGCCGAGCAGAACUGCCCCUGACUUGGUCUGUUUCCAGCAAGCUGGACCAGCAUGCUGAGCUGGAAACUGAAGAGGAAGAGAAGAAUCAAGAAGACCAAAAUGAAAGAAAUGGUGAUGUGGCAAACCUAGAGAACGAGUCCAAAGUGUAGAACCAGAGGUGUAAGGGCCACAUGACCUUCCUUAUCUUUUCCCUUUAUGUUCCCCUUUUAUUUCUUCCACGUUUUUAUUUUUCUUUUUUGUCAUUAUUAAUUCUGGGAAAAUAAAUAGUUCAGAUGUGAAAUAUCUACCUGCCCAGUUCAAACUCAAGAGUUUCACAGACUAAGUUAAGAUGUAGGUUAAAGCUGCAAUACCCAUUACAUACACUGGAAUCUCCAUCCCCACCCUGGUAACGACUGCUGGCUUCCUCUGCACUUCUCUGAGUUCAGACCUCCAGGUUUCCUCAAAGUAACAAAAAAAACCCAUCAGAGUAUAAACAAGGUAAAUAAAAAGGAAGGACUAAUUGAUGCUCAUCAAAGCAAUGGGCCUUGGCUCCAGGCUUUUUUUAUGCAUUUCAGGACAGCUUUGCAAACUGGAUGACAAGCCUUUGUAAAACGGGCCUUGCAGCUUUAAGAGGAUGGUGAGCAGAGGGAUCUGCGCCCCAACAUGAUACUGUACAUAUGCCUUAUGUAAUUACUUUCUCUUUACAUUUAGUAAUAAACAAAGCAUGUACAAAAGUACUGUAGUAAAGAACUUCUAAAUAAUGUACAUAGAUGUGUAAUUAAUAUAGGUUUAGAAAAUGAGUUCUAGAAACAUUGGGAUGCAAAUACAAGCUACCCCUUGAGUAAGCACUUCUCUUCUAAUAUCCAGAGUGUCAUAUUGAUUCCCCCCUUAUAUCUAUGGCUCUUUUAGUGCAUGACAUCUUCUUCAGUGUACCAGACUGGCAGCUAUUUUAGAGUACCUCACUGUUUCCCAAACAGGUCAUUUUAUUGACUCUAAAAAGCCAUAAGUCUGGGAGAGGGCAGGGUAGAAAAAUUGUAACAUACUUACUGAUAUACUGUGAAAAUGUUUACAAAUAAGGCAAAUCAUUCCUGGGUAUUUUCUCAGCAGUUCAACCUAAAUUUAGACUGUGGCAAACAAGAAUUUCUCUGUGCGCUCCUAAUCUAGCAAGCAUGUUUCAUGCAGAGGUAUCAGCCUUUAUGUGCAAUAUCUAGGGAAACAUCUCCCUUCUCCCCGCUCAAACCACGGGAUUUCAAUUAAGCGGUUUGAUGCACGAACAGCGCAGGUCACUGGAAACCGAGUGGGCCUGUCGCAUGCAGAUGGCAGCUACCCAGCCAGGAAGGAAACAGCUGAAGCUGCAUUGGAAGAAUUUCACUCGCCAGCAGCACCGGUGCUUAGUGGGUCCCAAAAAGUCACAAACCGCGUGCCAUCUUUGGGUGACAGGCUUCAACAGGGCUUCUCAGCAAAACACACGGAUCCUGCCGCCUGUGCUAAGGAGAGGGGGGGUCCCUACGACAGCUCCUUGGCUGCCAUAAACCACUGUAAAUCCUAUACACCCCAACUUAAUGACUUCAGAAUUGACGGGACAAAGACAGCUUGCAUAGCUCACACUGCAAUGUCUGCAUCCAGAGCAGAGCCAACCCAUUCAAUCUGUGGGUCAUGCCAGGCCUGUGUGUGCUAAGUGCCACCUGCUCAAUGCAGGUCAUGUUGCUCUCAUUUGGCUUUCUCCAGGCCCAUUCGCAACUACAUUUCUGUCAGUGAAGGAAAAGGAAGCUGCAGCCUUAAUUUGUUGUUUGUUUGGUUGUUUUUUUUUUUUUUACUUUUAUACCUGCCUACUCUGGAAAGAAGGAACAUAUUGAAGGGAGUCCAAAGCAUCUUUUGUAUAGAAACAUUUACACUAAAAUGGGAAGAAAAUUUAAAAAAAAAAAAAAAACAAAAAAAAAAAACCUCAAAACCCUCAGGAGAAACUCAGUGGGCAGGUGGAAAUUUUGCACUGUGAUAUAGCUUUCACUUCAAGUACAUACCUAUUUCUUGCUUAAACAACUGCCCCUUGCUAAUUUUCAUCAGGUGUGGCUAAUCCAUGGGAUUCUGCAGGUCCUCCCGCUGUGCUUAAUGCCAAGGAGGAAGAACAGGGGAAGGGUAAAGGUUUGCAAACUGGGGAUGGGCAGGGCAGACUGAAUAGGAAGCCUUGCUUCAGCUCUGAGCAUCCUUUGUAAAGGCUUCCACAGAGCAGGAUUACACAAGCAAUGGAUCUUUGUUCCAUCCACCCAGGACGGCUGAUUUUAUCAACUCGGUAAGGGUUAUUUACACCAAUGUUUCAUGAGAUAUGUAACUCACUUGCUGCAGACAUUUUAAAGCUUGGUCAUUUGCCCCAACAAAAGAACAAGCCAAGUCCUCCUGCUGACCCAACACAACCUAUCCGUAAUCACCCAGCGCUUCUAAGGCAGGAUCACCUCAAAGCUCUGCUGGAAGACAGGAGCUCUGCAGCAGAGAACCCAGUGAUAGCACGUGGGUAGCCAAGAGUCUAUGUGUGUCAGUCUGGAGUCCUGGCAAAAGGUGCAUGAGCUGAAAGCAAACCAUUCCUCUGAGGAUAAACCUGCUUUUUGCUCUCGGAAUAUACCGGGCCUCUCUGUAAUUCACUGCUGCAGUUUAAGAAAAGUUUGUGCUAAUUAGAACAGCAGCUCAGGGCCCUAUUGAAACCUUUUUGUGUCCUUUAGCACAAAAAAAAAAAUAGAUUUUAAGCCACUGGGGCAUGCGCAUGUGUAAGCUAUAUUUUUGUGAAUAGGGCACUUCAAGCUUAAGCUGUAUGUGUUUGUCUUUUUCUCUCUCCCCUUCUGUAUUUUACUGUCUUUGGUAUUCAUGUAGCACGGACUGUAAAGUUUAUGAAAUCUCAUUUUUGUAAGAUAAGCUUAAAAAAACAGAAGCCUCCAAAGCUUUCAAUGAGGAAGCUUCACAUAAACUUUGUACUAGAAUGUCCCUAUCAAACACCUCUAUUUUUCUACAAUGAUUGAUUAAGCAGUUUACCAAUGUAUUUUGUGUCAAUGAUUUCAACUGAAUUGGUAAAAAGACAAUUAAGAAUUGAAUGCUGUUAAUUAACAAUGGAUUUUCAAGCCGUAUAUGCUGAGUGGCGUUUUCAUUAUAACAACCUGAGAACUUCAUCUCCUAACCCUAAACAAUAUACCCUGAAAUAUCAGUGCCCCAUGGGAAUAUUGUUGGCAAAUCACAUUUCAGGAACAUAAGUAAUGCAAUAUUUUUAUUUAAUUGGCUGCAUAAUUUAUCGAGAUCCAUUAUAUCUCCGUAUACUUCACUCAUACAUGUUGAUGUCUUUGUCUCAGUG